GUUAUGAUAUGGUGGGACAUCUUAGUAAUCUGUGUUUCCUGGUGUAUGGCAGCAACCACUGAUAGCUGCAUUAACCUGAGGUUAACUCCAUUAACCCAAGAACAUGAAACAUUAGCCUUGAAGGGGUUUUUACACAUUUUAACGAUCUUUCAAAUUUCCUUUUUCUUCUUCCUUGUUUUUUUUAUUUUUUUGCAUGACAAUAAGCUAAUAACAAACUGAUUGGAGUACAGAUAGGAGGGAUUUAUAGUGAAGAAGCCCUCCUUCAGCAUUUAAAGGUUCUGACACUUAAUUUUAAGAGAAACAAUUUUUACAGCACUGUGUGUGGAACACUAUAGAAGAAAAAAUGAAAGAAAACCAGCUGAGAAAGUCAUGGGACACGUGUAGAGAAGUUCCAUAUAUUCAAGAUGAACUAAAAACCCCAAAACGACUAAGUUUUAUGAAAUGGCUCUGCUGGAGCAUAGUUGGUACACUGGUGUUUGCUCUAACAGUACUCAGUAAGUCAUCGUUUCUGAUUUUGGUAACACUUCCAAGCAAUGUCACUGAUAGUGUGCCUGAAAAGCAAAAAGCGAGUGCUCUGCUGAGUAUCGGCUGUAUGCUGGUUGGACCAAAUAUUUUGCUUCUGCUCAAGAGUCUAUGGAAAUUUAUUUUCAAAAGUGCAAUUAAACCAUCCAAGAAAACAGUCAUAUGGGUGAUCUUUGUUGAGUUUUUGGUGUCAUUUGGUGAAGUGGUAUUGACAGUGAUGGCCAUGCCAUAUUUUGACAUUGUCACUAAUGUGAUGAUCUUGAACAGUGUGAGCAUCCUGUCAGCAGUCUUCCAGGUGGUCGAUCAAAUUCGUGCCAGAUGUAAAAGAGAAAGUGAUUCAUUCCAACCAAUGUCCUGCAAAGUGGAAUGUGGAAAGUGGCUCAGACCAAUUGCUUCCAUCAUUUUCAUUAUUCUGGGCUAUGUCCUCUUCAUCAUAAACUACUUAGUAAUGGAAAACUCUUCUAUUGAAGUUAAAACAGCUGUGUGUCUGGCCAUUGUAGGAACAGUUUUUGUUUCAUUGAACUGGUGGGAGAACUACAGCAGUCUGUUCCCAUUUUUGGAAGACAUUUCCAAAGACAUAGCCAGUUCCCAGAAUGUGGUUUGCAUUCUGUCCAGUGUGGUGAAAGUCCUGGUCACUGCAGCUGUUGUUGUAUAUAAUGUUCCUCUGUCCAGUUGGAGCUCCCUAAGCUCUAUCGAUACAAGUGUGAAUAGGACAGUCUUUGGAUUGAUGGCAGUCCAGAUUGUUUCUUCUGCAAUGUGUCGCUGGUUUGUAGUGGUGGCUUGCAAGAUACAUGCCCUGCGUCGUUGUUUUGUUGUGCCCAUGUACUUGUCCUCUGUGGCUGUCAUGCUACUGUUUAUUGGUCUGUUUGCCCCUAACUUUCAGUGCCCUAAUUCAAAUAGUAAUCAUUCUACAAGUGAGACCUUUAACCAGACCGACAGUACUGUUCCACUCGCUUCAUUGAUUACCGACAUCAGGAACACACUUUGCACACGACGUAUUGUGUCAGAAAAGAAUGUUGGAGGAUUGGUGGCUCUUGCCCUGUGUGCCCUUAGCUGGUGGCUGGGAUUCAUGCUAAGCACUGGUUACAUCUGGUCUCUGAAGAUCCAGCGCAUCGAGAGAACUCAUGAUCUGUUUGUGAAGCAGAUGUAUGAGGGAGCAUUUCUAGAACAGUCCAUGUUGCUUAACACACGUUUUGUGGCCAGGGAGAAAAAGAAGGAUGAAAGGUCAAAAUGCACGGUAACAAUCUAUUUGUGUGCAACAAUGUGGCAUGAGACGUAUGAUGAAAUGAUUAAAACUCUCAUCUCAAUGUUCAGGCUCGACAAAUUCCGUCCAAAAAUAAAUAACUACAAAGAUGCUUUCUUCGAGUUCCAUAUUUACUUUGACGAUGCUUUUAAGGAUGUGCAGAAUGGCAACAUGCGACAUGUAAACGAAUAUGCUGAGACCCUAGUGGAAGUAGUCAAAGAGGUUUACACAAUUUUUAGUGAGGAUGACCCAUGUAUAUUCAAGAAGAAGCCCUGCCUCCCUCAGCAGAAGAUCAUCAGCACACCAUAUGGAGGUCGUCUGGAGUACACACUUCCUAAAGGCAACAUAAUGAUGGUUCACCUCAAGGACAAACAGCUGAUUCGACACAAAAAGAGAUGGUCCCAGAUCAUGUACUUAUACUACCUACUUGGCUGGAGACUUAAUGGCAAGUACCUGAAGAUGUUUGAGAAGGGUGGACAUGUAGAUGAACUGAGGGAACAUUUAAAGAAAGAGAAAGAGAACACAUACAUCUUGGCUCUGGAUGGAGACACAGAUUUCCAGCCCUCUUCUGUGAUGUUACUGAUUGACAGGCUUAAACUCUACCCAGAGGUUGGAGCUGCAUGUGGCCGGAUUCACCCCACUGGCACGGGGCCCAUGGUGUGGUAUCAGAAAUUUGAGUAUGCAGUGGGCCACUGGCUGCAGAAGACAGCAGAGCAUGUGUUUGGCUGUGUGCUCUGUAGCCCUGGUUGCUUUAGUCUCUUCAGAGGUGCUGCCCUCAUGGACGAUAACGUCAUGAAGAGAUACACCACCAAACCAACAGAAGCCAUUCACCAUGUACAGUAUGACCAAGGAGAGGACCGCUGGCUCUGCACUCUCUUAGUACAGCAGGGUUGGCGGGUGGAGUAUAAUGCUGCGUCAGACGCCUACACUAACGCACCACAGGAUUUCAAAGAGUUCUACAACCAACGGCGGCGCUGGGGGCCCUCCACCAUGGCCAACACCAUCGAUCUGCUUGGCUCUGGGGGCUUGACCGCUCAGAGGAACAGCUCUAUCUCUAAACCUUACAUCGUUUAUCAGGUCAUCAGCAUGGGUGCAUCCAUUCUGGGCCCUGCCACCAUCUGCCUGAUGAUAGCAGGAAGCUUUAAUUUCAUAGCAAAUAUGGAUCAAAAGCUUGCUCUCAUUGCAGCCACGGUGCCUCCAACAAUCUACCUGGCACUGUGCUUCAAGCUGAAAGCUGACACCCAAAUCCAGAUAGCAGCAGUCAUGAGUGUUUUGUAUGCGUUCCUCAUGACUGGAACUAUUCUCUCAAUCAUAGGAGACAUAGUGAAAAAUGAGACAUUUAUGACCCCCAGUGGCCUGUUUCUGAUUAGCAUGACUCUACUGUACGUCAUCACAGCAGCCCUUCACCCUCAGGAGCUUUCUCUGGUCAUCUAUGGGGUUCUCUAUUUCCUCUGUAUACCCAGUGGCUAUCUCCUGCUUUCUAUUUACUCCAUCGUGAAUAUGAACAAUGUCUCAUGGGGGACACGAGAGACUGGGGGCAAAGUGAGCGCCAUAAAGAGGAAGGUCAAACAGGCAGCAUGCUGUAAAUGCCCCUGCUGGAAUACCAGUGAAGAUACAAUUGAAAUUGAGCCACUGCUGAGCUCUGUAGUGUCAGAUGAGCAAGAUCUUAAGAUCCACACUGAUUCUGAAGAAAAUGAAAGCUCAAAUAAAUACUUCACAUUACAAACGCCUAGAAGCUGGGUUGAAGAUCUUCAAGAAAAAUUUCAUGACUUUCCACUUCACCAGGACAUACUCUCAGAGGAUGAAACAGAGUUUUGGAAAGAUCUGCAAAAACAGUAUUUAGAACCUCUUAAAGAGAACAAAGAGCAACAGGAAAAAGUCGCUGAAGACCUCAAAGAGCUUAGAAACAAGGUGGCAUUUGUCUUCUUCAUCUGCAAUGCUCUUUGGUUGAUAGCCACCUUGUUCCUCCAAGCUAUUGGAGAACCUGUGGCCUUGGCUAUUCCAAAGAUAUAUCCAAAUGGGUCUGUUGCAAAAGGCGAAACAUUUUCUGUUGAUCCAAUAUCACUGAUGUUUCUUCUGAGCUUUGCCUUGCUCUUAAUUAUGCAAUUUUUAGCCAUGCUUUAUCACAGAAUCUACACAUUAAUCCACUUUGUGGCCUACCUUGGCACUGAGAUUGAAACUGUUAGGAAAUCAACUGAACCCAGUCAUGAAAGAAUGGUUUCUAAAUCUUCAGAAGCUAAUAUUAAGUCUAGCACACCACUGGAAAUGGCUUCAUAUGAAGAGAUCCCAGCUGCUACAGAAGAGAUCUUUAAAGCAACUAUAUUAUAAGAUGUCAAAACAAGAAAGCAUGCUUACCUCAGUUGAAGGACACUCUGUCUGUUUAACACAUUACAGUAGAUGAAAAUUAAUUUUAUUUAGAAUAAAAUCCAAUAAUCAGAUGCACCAACAGUAUAUAGUUGCACCUAUGUGCUAUAAAUAUACUAGACUUCUAGUUACACUUGAAAUCCAUUGCAUAGUGUCUCUGGUUGGUUGUGCUGUUGUUCUGUUGGCAGACGACAUCUCAUCUGUCUCGUACAGACUGUAGCUCUUUUACACACUGUGUCCUCUUCACACAUUGUGGUGUAGCAAAUGUUAAGGUUUACACAUACACCAGUAUGUCAUGGUAACAAAUGACACCAUUGACCAUUGGUAUUUAAUACUUAAUUCUUAUAUAUUGAUUGAUUCAUGACUUUAUUAAAUGUUACAAGCCCUUUUUUAAAUUGUCUAGGGAAACAGGGUGCAACAUUAAAACACUGAACGUGUACUGGAAAAUAAUUAGUAACCACCAAGUCAACGUUUUUGUUUAUUUUAGUGAACCCAUAUCCAACUAAUCCAAAAAUGUAAUUAUUUACAUACAUUUACAAAUUAUAUACAUUCGUUAACCAAAC